UAGGUAUUAUUAUUGCUUUGCUGUGCUGCUGUUGGUGAUGACAAUAAACCAUCGAUCUAGCUAUCUACCUCUCUCUCUCUCUCUCUAAAAAAAGAAAACCCAAAAAAGAGGUCGAUCGGACGAGAGCCGGUGACGGAAUGGGGGAGCAAUAUUAUUAUUACUCGCAGUUGAAUCGAACCUCUCCCAGCCCCAGCCGCCUUCUCCUCCAUCCGAAGAAAGGAAGCUCUUCCCAAACACCAAACGUCUCACCUUCCUCCUCUGCCGACCUCAUGAGCAGCGGUCCCCACGCGCCGGCGCUAUUUAUCACUCCGUCGCUGGCGGCGGAGGAAGCCAGCUCCCCGAGCAGCAGCAGCAAGAAGUCGGCGUACAGAGGGGUGAGGACGCGGCCGUGGGGGAAGUACGCGGCGGAGAUAAGGGAUUCGACCCGGCGCGGCGCGCGGGUGUGGCUGGGGACAUUCGACACGCCGGAGGCGGCGGCGCUGGCGUACGACCAGGCGGCGCUGUCCCUCCAGGGGGCCAAGGCCGUCCUCAACUUCCCCGCGGAUGACGUCAGCAGGUCCCUCCGGGAGAUGGGGUUCGACGCCGAACACUCCUCCCCUGCCCAGGCGCUCAAGAAGUCGCAUUACAUCAACCGCAAGGCCCUCCGCCGGCAGAACAAGAGAGACAAGGCCAAGGAGGCGGAGGAAGAAGAAGUGGUGGAGUUUGAAGAUCUUGGAGCUGCUUUCUUGGAGCAAUUGCUGUGCGAGAGCUCCUGCAGUAGCAGUACUACUGGGGCAAACUGCUUAACUUAAGUACUGGGGGUGGGGCAAACUGCACUUCAAAGAACUUCUUCAUCUUGUCUUGACCGUCCAUCUCAGGCUUUCUUCAGCUUAUGUUAUGAUCAUCAUGUCCUAAUUCAUGACGAUGCAGUAUCAGUAUGUGUGUGUAUGUAUACAUAGUAUUUUUGUACGUUAAAUGUAAAUAUAUAGUUGAAUUACUCGAUGAUCAAUUUUCUGUAGUCAUUCAUAUCUGCAACUUUCCAAUGGAUUAAUUAAGCAAAUGGGGCGAAAGUUGAGUGGUACUCAUGGGCCAUGGGGGACCAGCGUCUUAUUUCCUCUUUACGGAAGGUCUAAUCUCACAAUUCAUCAACUUGCCAAAUCCACUGCGAAUAGUGUCAUGUAAUAGCAAGUAGAAGUAGUUACUAGUUAGUACCACUUUGGACAAAAUGCUCCCAGAAAAAAGUGAAUGUUUUAUU